UUUUUUAUCUUCUGAAAGCUUUACAUUUUUGUAAUAUUUGUUUUCUGUUUGUUUUCAAUGUUAACCUAAAUAUAUUGUCACGUUUUUUAGCCACGUACUAGAUCUUAAGACACCAGUUUUAGGAUUUUUGGCUAGAAACGAAGAUUUUGCUACCUAGCUAGCUAUCUAGCCAUCUAGAUCCAUACUUAUUACUAUUCUGUAUGGUAUAAGACCUUUUUAUCCUAGCCAACAUUUAAUUUAAUGUUGAGGCUGUAGCCAUUUAGCUAUAGCUCCUAUAUUUGGCUAAAAAGUGAGAGCAUAAAAAUGCAGUUUGGGUGCAACAAUAUUCUUAAACAAUAAUUCUUAUGCUAAAUGUAAUAGCUAGGUAGCUAUAGCUAUAUACAUCUUUUAUUAUUUUCCUGAAAACCUUUUUCUGCAAAUAAAAUGGCUGAGCGAUUGUUUUAGCUGGACUUGCAACAACAGGCUGUGUUUUUAUUUAACCCGAAGUUGCAAUGUCUUUUUUCGGAAAAGGGUAUUACCCCUAUAGGCCUGUUCAACUUUGGUUAACUGUACUAAGCGCUUAGCCUGUUAACAACAGACUGUUUUUUUUUGGAAGAGCCUGUUGCACACCUAUGUGCAUGUGCAACGUGGUUUACCUAUACUAAGGGUCAGCCCACUGUAACAAUUAAUUUUUAAACUUUCUCGGAAAUCACGCCUGUACGGUUGUGCAACGUGGUUUACCUGGACUAGCCGCUCUGCUGGUUUUAACAAUGGACUGUUUCUUGUGUUGUGUUUUUUAUUUAAACAGAGGCUGUGAUAAAUGUAUUUUCAAAAGUGUAUUAUCCCUAUACGCCUGUGCAGCACUGUUUAACUGUACUAAGCGCUCAGCCCGGUGUCACGAUUAAUUUUUUAACUUUCACAAAAAAUUAUUCCGCACAAUAAAAUAAUAUUGACUGAUUGUUUUUGCUAUGACAGGGUAACAACGGUAUGUAAACUCUUUUUUUAUUUCAGCUAUCGUUGCUGGAAAGUUAUUUUUUAAAAAUAUGUUACAGUCCCAACACUAUAAUUGUAUAUGCGCUUCACAUGAUUUACAACAUCUGUACUAAAGCGCUCCACCUGAUUGUGUGGCACUUUACCACUCUUACUAAGCGCUCCACAGAGUGUUCAACGCAUGGUCACACCUUGACUUGUGGCUUACCCCGGCGUUUCGAAGCCAGGUUUCCUGGCUAGUCUCUAUAAUAAUAGCUGUAUUUUGUCUGUUCAAAAGGGUUACCAAUGUUCCUUUGAUCUUUCCGCAAAUUUUUAAUCGGAAAUCUUAUGAUUGAUCAAAAUAAAUUACAGAAAUUAAUUUUUUUCCUUACACAAUUUAAAGGGAUCCCAUGGUACUUUUACAAGUUGGACUUACCUGAAAGAUUUUCAUAAGAAAUUCCUAAUGACAUAUUCACUCUUUAUUAAAAGUUCAUGUAACCCCAGAUAUCGUUUUUUAAAUAUUUGUUUUUCUUGCCGCCUUGAUGACCGCUUCGAUCUUCUUGUUCGUUAAAAAUUUCAAAUGAAAUGAAAUGAAAAUGAAAUGAAAUAAACAUAUAUUUCAGUUUACUAGGAGAUAAAUAUACAUUAUUAAUUAAAAAUUUUUGCCCUAGUAAACCCUGGAAACUGCCAAAGUUAGCAGAGCUCGAAGUAUGACAGCCACCGUGGACAAUACAAAACACACAACUUACACAGACAACACUACAAAACAAGACAGACAAGCGAAAAAAUGUGAAAAAUAUUGCAAUUGCAAAUCCCAAGAAAAAAGUGGUGUGAAAGUGAUUGUGAACAAUAGUAAUUUUAGGUAUAUAUAAAUUAAACAUAAUUAGACAACAAUGUAUGCUUUAUUAGAGAUUUAAGUCUAUGCAAAGGGAGAUCUAAAAGUCUUAUUUCAGGUAAGGUAUUCUGACAACUAGACCAUGAUAUGACACUUUGAUGCCUAAUGGAUUUCAAACCAAAUGCAGAAGUACGAACAGCACGCAAAUUUAUAAGGCCUAGGCUGUUAGCACGAGUAUUAUGAGAGUGAGAGAAGUCAAUUGAAAAGGUACCAAUCAGAGGAACAGGUAGAUUGUUGUGAAGUAAAUUAUAAAUAAAUAAUACAUUUUGCAGUUUCACAGUAUCUGUGAAUUUAAGGAUGCCUAAAUCUUUAUAAUAUUGGUUUGCAUUUGUUCUAUGGUUGGCAAAAUUCAUAAGACGUAAAGCACAAUUUUGAAGGACAGUGAUUCGGUUCACUUGUAAACUUAUGGACUGACCCCAGACUUGGAGCAAUAAUUUAGAUUUGAGUGGAAAGAGCAUUAUAAACUGACAGAAGAACAUCCAUUGGCACAUAAUGUCUUAUUUUUGCAAUGAUUCCAUUAACCUUUUUCAAUUUGGUUACAACUGAAUUAAUCUGGGACUUCCAUCCUAGGUUAGAAUCAAGCAGUACACCAAGAUAUUUUAUAGUUUCACUAGGAAAAACCUUUUGACAUAGAAAGCUUAACUUCACAGUUAAAGGGUUUAGAGGGAUGUCUAAAGAGUAUAUAUUCCGUUUUACUAGCAUUAAGAGAUAUUUUGUUAGCACUGAGCCAGUGCCAGAGGAAUCUAAGAUCAAGAUUGACUUUUUUGACGAGGGAUUUCAAUGAGGGAUUAAAGUGCAGCAAGUUUGUAUCGUCAGCAAAGUGAUGAAAUAAGGAAAAUUUUAUUGCUUCGUGUAAGUCAUUAAUAUAGAGCAAGAAAAGAAGUGGGCCAACUACAGAUCCUUGAGGAACACCAUGCUUCAUAAAUACCUUAUUGAGAAAAUACCUUUAAUGGAGACAAACUGAUCACGGUCAGAAAGAUAGGAUUUUUAAUAAAUUUAAGACAUUACCUCUAACGCCAUAAUGAAACAAUUUUUUCAAUAAGAUUUUAUGGUCAACAGUACGAAAGCUUUUUGGAGAUCUACGAAAAUUCCACAAACAUAAUUACCUUUGUCUAGGUUGUCAGCAAUUUUUUGAAUCAUGUUAAGCAAAGUUUGUGAAGUGGAAUAGUUUUUUCUGAAGCCAAACUGUUGUGAAUAUAGGACCUUGUUUUUGUUAAGGAACUUAUAAAGUCUAUCAUGAAUCAGUUUCUCAAAAAGUUUGUCAAUAUUUGAUAACAAUGAGAUUGGUCUAUAGUUUGUGCAGUCGAGUUUGGAUUCUUUCUUGUGAAUAGGGAUGACUUUAGUUAAUUUAAGUUGAGUUGGAAAAACACCUAAGGUAAAUGAGAGAUUAAUAAUUUUAGAUAAGGGACAAGCAAUUUCAUUUUUAAUAAGACUCAAAACAUUAUAAGGAAUACUUGAUGGACCACUGGACUUUUUAGAGUUUAUAGUAGAUAAAUAUUUCAAAAUCUCCUCUGGAGUGGUGGGUGACAGGAACAUUGAAUUGGGUACACUGUUUUUUAGAAACUGACUAAAGUUUUUAGGUGUGUGAGGAAUUUUCUUGCGAAGGUUUGUUGCGACAGAAGAAAAAAAGUUGUUGAAAGUAUUGGCUACAGUUAGGGGAUCUGUGGUUAUAGAUUUAUUAAUGUUAAGUGAGAUUAAAUUAGAUUCAUUGCGACUACUAGAAGAGAUUAAUUAUACCUUUCCAGAUGUUAUUCUGGAUGUUUUUUUUGAAAUAAUCAGAAUAGUAAUUCUUCUUACUGGUUCGACACAAGGAUACAAUCCUAUUACGAUAUCUUUUAUAUCUUUUUUGGAUGUUAGACUUAAUGAUAGGUUUUUUGCACACAUAAAAGAUUUAUAAAGUUUGUCACGGAUUUUCAUGGAUUUUAGAAUACCUUUGGUCAUCCAAGGAUUUUGUGGUUCAGUUUUUGAUUUUGUUGAUAAUAUAGUUUUAUAUGGAACAUGGAUAUCCAAAAUGGCUUUGAAGAAAUUGUUAAAAGAUGUGUUAACAUCUUUAUCACCUGUACAAAGUACAUUUUCCCAAUUUAAUGCAGAGACUUCAUUUGAGAAAUUGGUUUCGUUAAAUUUAGACCAGUCUCUCACUUUCAGUUUUUGUGGCUUAGACUUUUCAUUAGUUCCAUUGAUAAUAAGGAACUGAGGCAAGUGAUCAGAGAUGCAUGUUAUAACAUUACCAGAAAUAGUGUUCAAUUCAUCAAGGGUAGUGAAAAUAUUAUCUAUGAUAGUUUGACUUGACUCAGUCACUCUAGUAGGCAGGACGAUAUGAGGAAAAAGUCCAAAAGAAUUAAUAAUAUCUAAGAAAUUUGUUGCAUUAGUAUUAGUAUUUACUUGCAUAAUAUCGAUGUUGAAGUCACCCAUCAGUGUCAGAGAUUUUUUUUCAAGCGAGAUUUUUUCCAGGAGAGGCAUUAAAAUAUCAUUGUUGAAGAUCUCAACAGGCAUUUUAGGAUGUCUGUAGAUACAACCUACAACAACAUUUUUUCGGUUUUUGCGAAUGACUUCAAUAAAUUUAGAUUCUACUUUAAGCGACCUAUAGGCAAGUUUAUCUAGAUCAACACGAGUGGUAUAAUUAAGACUGUUGGAUACAUAAAGUAAUGCUCCCCCCUUUUCUCCAUCACAUGGAGUGUGCUCAAUUGUAUAAUUUGAAAGUGAAACAUUACUUGGGAUGAUUUUAUCUUGGAAUUUUGUUUCAGUUAUACCAAUGAUAUCGAAAGCAAAUUCAAGGUUUUGGAGGAGAGGUUUAACUCAUCAAAAUGCAGACUCAGAGAUGCUAUAUUCAUGUGAAAAAAAGAAAGAGCUUUCAUGUUGUCCAACUUUAAUGAUGUAAAUUCGUCUGUAUCAUAGUACCUACAGUUGACACCCUCAACACCCAUAUUUUCUUGUACAGUCUCGUAAAAGUUAUUGAGAUCAUUCGUGCGGGACAAAAAAGAUUUUAGUUUAGUAUUUUUUGCAGAACUGGAAUUUGAAAAGUCAGGAGGAGAGGUAGUACUCAUGUUAGUAGAGUCGUCAGAGAAAACAUUUCCUGGGGGAAGAACAUUUCUAAGGCAUUUUUGACAGGCCCAGUUAAAUGGUGAGUCUUGGAGCAGAGUAUAUUCACUAGCUGUAAUGUUGUUACAUUUGGUAUGAGACCAUAAUUUGCAGAGAUCACAAAAUACUGCAGUAUGGUUGUCAUUCACUUAUUUUCCACACACACUACAAGGGAAAGGGAUUGCAAGGCACAUUUUUCACACACAAACUAGACACAAGGGAAUAGCAAUACAAAACAAUACUAAAGGGCAUGAAAAAUAAGCAUUGUAAGGAUGAUAUAAAAAAUAUAAAAGUUAACAACAAUAUUGGAAACAACUUAAAUGAUAUUAGCAAAAACAAAAGAGAACAGAAAUAUUACGAUCGUACAAUCGUGUUUACACCGCCAUUUUGGAAUGCACACUAGAAAUAACAUAGUCUCGCUUGUAAAUAAGACUAAAAACAACAACGGCUGCGCUUAUUUGAUUAUGUUUUCAAGAAUUCGAAUACGAAAUCAGGAAACAAAUCUUUUAGAACAUCUUCAUGGUCUAUGUCGAUAAAAAGAUUGUCUUGGUUUACUUUUAUUUGAACCAUCCCGUUCUUGGUUCUCAAUUUGCUGAUCUUGUUGCUUUUAAAAAGUCUAUUACAUCUUCCACGAAUUUUUCUAUUUAGCGGACAAAGACUUUCGUUGAUGUACACCUUAUUUUCGGGAAUUUCUUUUAGUAAAUUUUUCUUGCUAAUUAUCUUAUUUACAGUCUUCCGAUUGGAAAAUUUAACGAUAACUGAAUUUCUCUUUCCAAUUCUGUGACAGGCUUGUAUGUCUGUUUUCGGUUCGAUGUUUACGCCGAUAUCGUUAAGAAUGUUACUGACCUUGUCCUCUAACUGACUAUCUUCAAUCAUUUCGUCAAUUCCGGCGAAGUCGAUACAUUCUCGUCGGCUGUAUUGCUGUGACUUAAGAAGAUCAGUUUCGAGACUUUUAAUUCUGGUUUGUAGAUUGUUAGAUGUUGUUUGUGAGACAGCUAAGUGUGAUUCUAGGAUUUCAAUCCGUUUUUCCAUCUUUCUUGUUAUUUCAAGUAUUUCUGUAACCUUUUCAUUUUCUUUUUGAUUGCUCAAGAAGAGAUUAAUAAUUUCUUUCUUGUUUAAUUGCUGCAGUUGCUGCUCAGUAAACAUUUUAAGAUUAAAACGCCCUUUUAGUAUUUUCUGUAUUUUGGCUAACUUGAUCCAGACAUCCGUUCACCUUGACGGCCAGAUACAGGCUAGCUCCAGUCCUUUCUAGUGACACGUGACCCUAUUACGUAGUAUUUCAGUAGCGCUCUCAAAUUAAUGACUUUUACUCGCUAUUAUUAAUGACUUUCAUAGCCAAAAAUAAUUAAUAACUGUGGCAACAAAGUUAAAAAAAUUCUAUGUACAUUUCACAUUGACCUCUGUGCUAAUGAUUGUUUUUUUAAAAAAAUAAUUCAACAUAAAGGCCAAUAUCCACACACGGAAAACGUUCCGCGGACCGGACCGGAUCAAACGAAAACAAAGCUUUGCGCAUGCUCAUUGUUAGUUCAUUGCGCAAUCAAAACGGAAAAUUGUCCGGUCCAGAAGCCAGAAGAAAGUUGAAAUGUUUUCAACUUUUUUUCUGAUCCGCGGAGCGACUAGCAUUUUUGACCAAUAACAAGCUACAAAAAAAUAAUCACGUGAUAUCAACAAACCACCAGAGCAUGCUCAAAUCAAAAAUGGCGCAGCAACAAACAGCAGAGCAGCAUGCUGCUAUGGAAGAUGAAAAUGCAGCACAAAUGCUAAGUUAUGCUUGGCAAUUACAACAACUUGGUCGGUUUAACAUAAGCAUGGCUAACGAUGAAGCGUCUCAAGCUCCCACAGUUCCUCUGAGUUUCCAGCGAAGACAUAUAUCAAACCCUAACACUUCAUCAUCAUCAAGCAACAACAACAACAACAACAAUGUCUUGCUGUUGUCAUCACCAGAAUCUACUGCAACUUUUACCACCCCUUCUUUAGCACCUCAAAUUCAGACUGAGGUUGAUAAGGGUGACGAGGAAGUCGAUUCUAACUUUCUUGAAGUGUCACUUGCUUCUAGAAUUGUGGAUAUAAUGCCUAGCUAUCCUUGUCUGUGGAAAACUAAUCAAAGGUCAUACAAAGAUAUUAACAAAAAAGAUCAAGCCUGGACUGAAAUAUCAUUAAAGCUGGGGGCAUCUGUUGAAAAAAUCAAAUAUGAUUGGUCAAAAAUACGAGAAAAUUAUCGCAAGUGCUUGAAAAAGAGAGACGCGAGAACGAAAUCUGGUGCAGGAUAUGACAAGCUGCCCACUUGUAAUUUUUUUAACGAACUUAGAUUUCUGUCAGACUCAUUGAGCAACAAGGUAACAGAUAGCAACAUUUUAAACAGUGAUAGUGGUAGUGUGAUUGAUGUAGCUAGCAGCGAAACCAGUGAAGUUUCGGAUGAUGUUAUAAUAUCGAACAAAUGUAAAAAAAAAAAAGGAGUAAUGAUGAUGCUCAAAUUAGUUUAAUUGAUGCUGCUCUCCUUCAAACGUUAAACAAAGUAAACGAGAAACCGAAUGCAAGACGUGAAGAGACAGAUCCCGACACUCUGUUUUGUUUGAGUUUAGUGUCAUCCUUAUCAGCAUUAACACCACAACAAAAUGCUCUAGCUAAGCUGAAGCUUCAGCAGGUACUUUAUGACAUUAAGUAUGCUGCAUAGAAAGACACGUAAACAAACUUUGUUCUUAUUGCUUUUGUUUUGUGUACAUAUUUACAUCCUUGUAUUAUAUAUAAAUAUAUAUGUCGUUAAUUGUCUGCAUCAAAAUCAUCAGAAGUCUUAUGUGUGUAUUCCCAUUGCCAAGGUACUGAUCCAAUUUGAGAGUUAAAAUAAUCACAGAAUUUAUCUCUUACAACUUUUGCAUCAUUUGUAUAAUUGUUAGAUCCUACUCUUGGUAUGUCUACUAAGCCUUUAUAUCCAUCAAUUUCUUGUCGCCAUUGACCCUGCCUUGUUUUUGUAUCUGCUAAGCCGGGGGGACAAUACCCAUUGUCAUAGAUUAAAAAAUUAUGCAAAGACACAGCUGCCUUUGUGACAAUUUUAACAUUUUCAGGCGAACUGAUAAUUGGUCUUCUGAACAACCUAAACCUUGAUGCCAUAAUUCCAAAAGAGUUUUCAAUAACUCUUCUAGCUCGCGAAAUCCGAUAAUUACAUAUUCGUUUUGUAUCAUCUAGCACAGCUCGUGGGUAUGGCUUUACUAAAUUUACUUUCAGGGGAAAAGCUUCGUCCCCAACUAUAACAUAAGGCACGACUUGUGAACUAUGAGGUAAAGGACAAGGUGCAGGGAAGUUUAAUGAAUUACUGGUAAUGGCCUGACCAAUAUUGCUAGCUGCAAAAACGCUACCAUCGCUUUCUCUGCCACUGUCCCCAAUGUCAACUAACGUAAAUUCGUAUCUAGAGUUACAGAUAGCCAUCAGCACAAUACUGUGCGUUUUCUUGUAAUUAAAGUACGAUGAUCCUGAGCGCGGGGGUGCUUGCAUAACAAUGUGUUUUCCAUCAAUUGCACCAACACAAUUUGGAAAGUUCCAUUCCUGUUCAAACCCCUCGGCAAUUUGUAACCAUUCUUCUUCCAAAUUUGGUGCUUUUAUGUAGUCGUGCUCGAGUAAUUUUUCCCAAAUUGCCUCGCAUGUUUCUUUAAUAAUUCGUCCUACUGUCGAAAUUCCUACGCGAUAGCUACUUGAAAUUGUAACGUGAGAAUCACCAGUUGAUAAGUAUCUUAGUGUAAUACACAAUCUUUCAGAAGGACCUAUGGGCUCACGUGCUGCAGUAGUAGAUUUCGUUAUAAAUGGGGCUAUGAGGUUGAGAAGUUCUUCGUAUCUUGUAGGAGACAUACGAAACUGUUUGUAAAAAAAUUCAUGAUCAUGGAUCCUAAGUUCUUGAAUUAAUUGAUGAUAUUCUCCUUUCGCCUUUCUUUCCAAAAAUAUUUGUCUUACCCACAUCCUAUGUUUACGCUUAUGUAAAUGUGUUACUUGCAGUUGACGUUUUUUAAUUAGAAGAACUAGAAGAAGCACAUGGUUUUCAUCCAUGUUGUUAUUAUUGUCGUAGCAACGUAAAAACUAAUUUUCGUUCUUCGACGUACUGGAACGGAACGGACUGGAACAGAUUUUUAUCGUUAUCCGGUCCGGUCCGUGGAACGUUUUCCGUGUGUGGAUAUUGGCCUUAAUAUCCUAGCCGUCUAAGCAAUAAAACAAAAAAAAUAAUAUAUUAACAGCAGGUGUGUGCAUGAUUUCUUUUAUUUUAAAUUUUAAAGAAUCUAUUUCAACAAACAACAAACAGGUUGUAAAAAAUAAUAAUCUAUAACCUGUUGACUUAGGUGGGGUAUGAUGCUCAAGUGAGUAUAAUAUUGCCAACCUUGUUCUCAACAAUCCUUGGGGACGAGGUUGCCUAAGUUACUCAGUAGAUGGAUAUAUUUUUAAUAAACAAUAUUAAAAAAUUAAUAGAAAAGAAUACUACUUUAAUUCUUCCCACGAUACAGAAAGACCCAGAAAUCACUGUGUAAUUAUAGUUUGUUUUUAUGAUAUUCUUCCAAUAUGUAGUGCGAACAUCAACGUAGUCUAGUAAACUAAAUUCAUCAUUUUUCCCUUUUGCGAUAGCACGCUGCAAGACAGACAUCGAAACGCGAGAGCAGAAAAGAGAGACAGGUAUCCUGUCUUCGUCAACGCUGCUCUGCACCUCCAUGAUUAGACAAACCCUCAUUAUUCGCCAUUUUUAGCGUCGAUAUAUAUAGCUAUAUUCAUACUUAUUAGAAUACUCGUGGCAGCUUCUAAAUUUAAUCAAACUACAUUGGUGACAAACUAUUUUUAUUGAUGCAGUUGAAGCGCAAAAACUAACUGUUUUUUGCUAAGAGUUUGUUUUUCCUGCAUUGCCGUAGGAGGCAACUGAACUAUGUUCUGGAAAAACAAAUACUUUUUUUCGCUGUUAUAUCUUCGGCUAUUUUUUACACAUCUAAUCGCACAAUACCUAGGAACUUUUUAUGUGCGAUUUUACCACGUCAAAUAAUUGCCAACGCGAAGGUACUUCUUUUGAAAAUAUGUCGGUAAUUACCUCGGCAAAUGCUGAGUGCCGUAUCAAAUUACAAAGGUUGUUACCGUCCUUAAUCCUAUUCGUGCUGGAGGGGGAAGGGUGAUGCAGCCCCCUCUCCCUUUCCUCUUCAACUAUUUCCAUAACUUUUUAUAGGCUUAUAGUCACACCUUGAUAUUUUAUUCGCCUUCCACAAUAUAUCCUUUUGAAAUAAAAACCAUACACAAAUGUGUGACAUGUUGAAUAAUCAGUAACUUUCACCAACUGUGUCUCAAAUAAAAAGUCCUUUGAAAUAAAAACUGUGCACAUUUUAUUUUUCGUUUGAUUGCUCAGCUAUGUGAGAACAUAUGCGGAAUUAUUUCUAUUUUUUUCGUAAAAACUUUAUGCAGAAUUAUUUUAAUUUAUUUUUAAAAAAAUAAUUGUUCGUAGAGAGCUUUCGUUUCACCGCACGAAGGUAAUGUUCUGGCUAUGCAGUCAGUAAUAAUUAAAGCGCUACCGAAAUAAUACGUAACAGGGUCAUGUGCCACUAAAAAGCACUGGAGCUAGAAUGAAAAUUUUUAACGAAGAAGAAGGUAGAAGAUAACCAAGAUGGCGGUCAAGCGACGAGAAAAAAAAUAUUUAAAAAGCUAUAUCUGGAGUUACAUGAAGUUUAACAAAAAGUAAAGUCAACAAAAAGUCCAAAUUGUAAAAGUACCUUGGGAUCCCUUUAAUUAAUUUAAUUGAUAAACCUCUAAUUUAAUAAACAAAUUAAGUGAUUAAAAUUAAUUCAUUAUUUAAAUGCGCCAUUUUUAAUAAUAAUUUACCCCGUGACCUUAAUCGCCGAUUCCGCUCAGGAGCCACAGAAAACAAAUAGGAUGGUUUAACUGACAGUUUAACUGACUUAUACCAAUCAAAACGCCUAAUUCUUUGAAAAACCAAUCCAAGACUUUCACGGCCUAGACAUGCCAACGAAGAAACAUGAUGUCCAUUUUAGUUUUUAAAGUAAUGGUGGUCAGUGUUGUUUCUAAGUCUGUUUCACCUUUUUGUCUUCUAUAAGCUUUUUAUAUUUGUAUUAUUUGUUUUUUUUAUGUUCUAAAAUGUGAAGAUAAAUAUAUUGUCACGUUUUUAAGCUACGUACAGAUCCUAAACGCACCAGUUUUAUGAUUUUUGGCUAGGAACGAAUAUUUUAAAGGCUAGCUAGCUAAUAGCCUUACUUUUUACUAAUUUUGUUUGGUAUAAGAGAUUUUUCUCCAACUUAACAUUUAUUUUUAUGUCGAGGAUGUAGCCACUUAGCUAUCUCAUAUAUUUACCUAAAAAGUGAGAGUAUAAAAAUUCAGUUUGGCUAUCAAUAUCGCAAUAUUCUCAGCAAUAAAUCUUAUGCUAAAUGCAGUUUAACUAGCUAGUUACAUCUUUAAUUAUUUUCCUUAAAAAUGUUUUUGCAAAUAAAAUGGCUGAGCAAUUUGGAAAAGGCUGUUACGCCUAUGCUGGUCAGCCUCAGCCCACUGUGACAAUUAAUUUUUAAACUUUCUUGGGAAUCACGCCUGAACGAAUGUGCAACAAUGCUAAUCUGGACUAACUGCUUAGCCCUAUGCUAGCGAAGGACUGUUUCUUGUGUUUUCAUUUAAAUAGAGUCUGCAAGAACGUUUUUUUCAAAAGGGUAUUAUCCCUAUACACCUGUGUAACACUUUUUAACUGUACUAAGCGCUCAGUCCAGUGUCACGAUUAAUUUUUUAACUUUUACAAAAACUUAUUCCGCAAAAUAAAAUAAAAUUGACCAAUUGUUUUUGCUAUGACGGAAUCACAACAGUUGUAAACUGUGUUUUAUUUCAGCCUUUGUUGCGGGAAAGUUAUUUUUGGUGAAUGGUGUGCGCGCUUCACUUGAUUUACGACAUACUGCAGACCUGUACUAAAGCGCUUCACCUGACUGUCGCACAGUUUGCAGUUCUUUUUAAGCGUUCCUUAGGGCAUUCAACAAAAGUUACUUGUGGCUCAUCACGGCGUUUUGACGCCGGGUUUUCCGGUUAUCUAUAUUUUAAUAUAGGUCUGUCCGUCAUGCAAAAUGUUAGCUUAGCCGCGCAAGUAACGAAACGCACGCAAUGCUGUAUAAGAAGGACGAGCGAACCCGUGGAUUUUUCCACGGGCUAACGAGUAGUUAUUAUGUAAGAUUGUUAUUUAUAAAUCACACAAAACAGAAUAGUCUGAAUGUAAAAAAAUUGAUAUUGCAAAAUUUCUACUUUUUCAGUUUUAUAACUAUUUAGAUUAUUGAAAAAGUCAAGCGAAAAAUAAGUCUCCACAAUCCGUACUGAAAAUAAAAAGAUUUGUUUUUAUAUCCAUGCGACUGUUAAAACGUUGUAUUCAUUCAACCAGAACCCAAAUUUACAACGUAGCCGUACGACGGAAACAACGGGCGCGUUAUUGACGUACAUGUAGCUUUUUUCUUUAAGCAAUGAUGAGUGCUGUGUGCUUUGUGAGUCCAGUCCUAGGUGAUUUCAGAAGCGAAGGCAGAAUCUUUAAAAUCGCCCUGGAAGAUAGAUAGAGACGGCCCAAUACAUGGACGCGCGAGGUCGAAGAUUAAGUUUUUAAAUUCGGGGUUUUAGAAUUUGUUAUUAUCGGGAAAACCAAUAAGGAUGAGUUUUCAUGUCAUGAACAAGCGAGUUUGUUAUGCCCCACUUUGUAAUAAUUCCCCCACUUUGUAAUAUCUACCCCACUUUGUAAUUUUCUUGCCCCACUUUGUAAUAACUGCCCCACUUUGUAAUAACUUUUGCCCCACUUUGUAAUUUCGGAGCUGCCCCACUUUGUAAUAAUGUCUUGCCCCACUUUGUAAUUUUCGAUUUUUCGCAUGCUGACCAAUAUGCAAUUUUUAUGACGUCAUCUUUUGUUAUGUUAUCGGUGUUCUGGAUGCUCUGUCUUGUUAUUUGCAAUGAAACGCGUGUCACACGUUAGUAGAAUGAUUACUUUUAAUUUUUAUUAGCAAGCGUUGUAACAUUACAUGCACUGGCUUUCUUUUUGUGAAAAAAUGUACUAGCUGAAGUGUUUUCAUACCAUAACAUAACAGAAAUAUAAUACAAGCAGUAGGUAAUGUGUUUUUUGCAUAACAUAAGAAAUAAACUUGCAGCAAUCUUAACAUAACAUGCAGACUAAUCAGUUCGAGGAUUUCAACGUGACCUGUUUUACAGCAAGCAAAGUGUCACCUCGGGUAUAUCUACAAAUCAAACUCAGGUAAAAAAGCACUACUUCUAAAUAGAAUGAAAGAAAGAUAAAAAAUGUGAACAAAGAUACGACAAUUUCUACCUGUGUGAUUUAUUGGAAGCAAUUUACUUGUCAAAAAACAUUAGAACGUAAACGAAGACUAUCGAAAAUAAAAGCUGGAAUGAAUAAAAGACUAAAAAUCACUUCUUCGAUUUCCACACAAUGCUUUCUAUUAUAUACCAACCAUAGGCCAGCAGUUGUAAAUUUAGCCAUGCCGUGUUCCAUUUCGGAUGGUUCAGGAUGGCAUUCAGCUCUAUCACCAUUCCAGAGAAUGAGCCGGCACUUUUACAAUCCUUUGCAUGCCCACCCGGAUUGAAUUUGAUGCUAUUCUAGCUUUUUUUUUGUGGAAGGAUCUUUUUAUACGGUACGUAAACUCUUGGCAAAAAUUUGCGUAAUUUUUCGGAAUCAUGAACAAUUUUCCAAAAUUUACAUACGUUUCGCAAGUGUGCAUAUGUGGCAACGAUAUGCGAGGGGACAAUUGUAAUCGCUGCAUUGCAAUACUAACAUCAAGAUCAUUUCUAUAAUUUCUGGUGGCAAAUCAUCGAAGUUGAAAUUGCGAACUAAAGUUUGAAUAAAAUAUAUAUGCUAUUGUUUUUGUUACAGGAUAACAAUACAAAAUGAUACAAUAACGAAUGUGCUUCCCUUCCCGUGUCCAGUAAGAUAAGCUUGGACUUCUAAUUGAAUGUCUGAGCCUCAUAGGCUUUCUUGUGUCGCGUUGUGGACGAUCUAGGGGAAAUUAUUAUACCAAAAGUUAAGUUGAAUAAACUCAGAAUUGAAUUUUAAAAUAUGGAAAAUAAGACUAUUUACCAUUCUUUUCACUUUAUAGGUAAAACACAGUGACUGAUAAGAUUUUAUUGAACACACAAAAGAGUUUCGAUACUUUCUUACCUAAAGUGACAGUCCCUCCUUCGCUACCUUCAUCUGUCUCAUUUUCCUCUUCCCUGUUUUCUAAUGCUUUAUUAACCUCUUCUCUCCUUUCAAAUGUUUCGUUAUCCUCUUCGCCAGUGUUCUCCACAUUCUUCGGCAAAAUGUUCUAAUGUUAUUCUAUUAAAAGGGCAAAAGUCUGAUGGUGUUAUGGUAAAUUGAGCUUCAGGUCCCAGGGUUGAGAUAAGCGUUAUUUCGAUGUUAUAUAGCUCAGAGGCAGUUCUUAACGUUAGCUCAUCACUAUAUGUCCCAUUUGAAAACAUUCUGUUUAAAUAUUCACUAAACGGUUUCUCAACGCACAUUUCGAGUGGCCACCCUUCACUAUCAUAUCACAUCUGAAAAUACCAUAUAGAGUCAGCGCAUGCGCUAUAGCACUAAAUUGGCAAUUUCCAUCACCAAAGGGGUUGUAUGAAACGGAAUACCCUUGAUCUUGAAAAACAUCAAAUGAUCUUGCUUUGUAAGUGGUACUAACAAAUUCUUUUGAUAUAAUUUUUGUUGUUCCUUUGAAGUUGCUUCAGACUUUUUCCAUUUUUCUUCCAUUUAUGACAUUUCUUGAAAUCUGCAAUGUCCUGCACCAGAAAUCAUUCGGCCUCUUUCCAGUCAGUCUUUGGUGAUUUAAAUUCCACAAAAUACCUAUUUUUGUAUUUACCCACCUUCAACACUUUUCCAUGCAGAACUAAUCGAUGCUUGGGUGCUUUUUUACCUUUUUGUUUUUCUCCAUGUCUGACCAACACUUCAUCGCCGAUAUCAUACUUGACUUAUGAGAUCGUAUGAUAUCUUUUUUCGUAAAGUUCUAUGCGAUCUUUCUACUUUCCCUUGUGAUUGAGGGUGGUAAGGUCUGCUUUUAAUCAUUUUUAUUUUUUCCCCUGACAAUACAUUUGAACUGAUCCAUAAAACUCUUUACCCUGGUCACUUUCUAAAAUACUAGGGGUCCCAUGUAAAUUGUAAAUUUUCUCAAGCUCCAUUCUAACCUUGCUUGCAUGUUUUGAAGUCAGUGGUACUAACCAGUGAAAGCCAGAAAAGACAUCGAGUAAGGACAGUACAUAACGAUACGUUUUUCUUUGAUAUUCAACUUACAUAUUUUUCAUGUCGACCAGAUCGAUUUGAUGGAUAUGAUGAACCUGGAAAGCAAACAAUACUUUUUUUAAAUUGUCUCAUUAUCUACCGUAAUUAACACAAGUCAACUGUCGAUAACGAUAAAGGUAAUACAAAAAUACAAAGUAACGUCAUUUCACAAUUAUGUAAAUCAAUUCAGCAACCUUGAUCACAGUCUUCUUAAGUUUUGAUGAUAAGAAAGGGGGACCCAACGUCGCAAAUAAACUAGAGGGCGAGGUUUCUUCCCCGUGCCUUUACAUUUAAUACAGUAUGAAUAGAACCUACCUCAUUUGCAGUGACUGGUUUAGGAACUGCUUUGUUGCUGAAUUUCACAGUAAAUUUUUUAAACUCAGCAUCAUUUGAUGUUAUACUGAGAAUUUUUCUGCCACUGAUUCCCGCAUAUCCGUUCUCGGCUCUGUUUCUUAGUUUUUUAUAUCCAGCGGACUUACUUUUUUUGAAUGUUUUCGCUACCACUUUAUUUAAUUCACUUUUUUUCAAAACUCGUUUACCUUUAUCAAUUCGAAUCUAUUUUCAGAUCAUUUUUUAAUCUCCAGUAUUUGAUGUACGCGCUUCUGUGAGUGGCAGUCCUGUCUUUCACUGGGAUUUUGGAUUGUCCAUCGUUCAUUAUUACCUCCGCUAUUAUCUCAUACAUGUCUGGUCCAAAAACUAUUCCUAAAAUCAAAAUCCGUUAAAUUAAGUAUAUGCCGAUUUCCAAAAUUAUAUCCUAUCCAGUCUCGCCCAAAAAACCAAGUGUAUUUGAUGUAAGUAAUAAAUUAUCUUUUAUGUUAAUAAUAUGCUAUAAACCUCUCUAUAACCUGCUACAACACAACUAACUUUAUCAAAACUCACAACAGCUUGAUGAUUAUUAUUUAGAAGUUAUUUCAUUGUUUUGAGACCUUGAUAAUAAUGGUGAUGCGUGUCGCUGCAGAACUCAUGAGAGAAUACUAGCUGGUGAUGAUAAAAUUUUCGAAAAUACAAAUACAAAAAAACAUAACACUUUUACUCAUUUUUUACUUUUUUACUUUUACUUGUUUUCUGAGUUUUCUUUUUUCCAAAAAAAAAUCCAACUGCAGCUAUAAUAUUUUAAUAUACUUUACCACGUGUACAAUGUACCUGCAAGCAUAUAUUCACUUUAUCAUUUUUACUAACUUCCAAUUCGAGUACCCUUUCAGUGUGCUUCGUUUUGAAUUUAUAUCGUGCAACCUCCUUUUUUCUAUGGGAGCGUCUGAAAGGCUAUUGAUGAGCAAAAUAAACCAAAAAUUACAAAGUGGGGCAAGACAUUAUUACAAAGUGGGGCAGCUCAGAAAAUUACAAAGUGGGGCAACGAUGAAUUACAAAGUGGGGCAGCUCCGGAAUUAUAAAGUGGGGCAAAAGUUAUUACAAAGUGGGGCAGGUAUUAAAAACUGAGGCAAUAUAAUUACAAAGUGGGGCAGAUAUUACAAAGUGGGGCAAUUAUUACAAAGUGGGGCAUAACAGAGUUCUUUCCUUGAUACGUUUCGACAGCUACAGCUGUCAACGACGGGCAAUGAUCGUAAUCAUCUUUGGCUGUUCAUUAUUUGAAGAGAUAAUUAGAGGAUCGAAAUUAACCAAUCAGAACAAAACCAAUCGUUUUUCUAAAAAGUAUAGACGGUAAUACUUAUUUCAAUAGUAUUUCCUAUCAACUUCCACAAAUAUGGUUACCCGAACUUCGGAAAGCGAACAUUUAGGAAAAGGUGCAAAAAAUGGUUCGGGACAAACGUAACAAAAAAGCGAACUUUUAGAAA